GCGGAGUCAGAUAAUAAUAGAAACCCGUUAUGGCGGUGUCACUCGGAGGUGUGCUGGUCGUUUUGGGAAUUUUCAUCCGCUCGUGUCAAGCGGAUUUCGGACUAAACGCCACCGUACCCAAUCUAAGAACAAGUGUCUCAGCAGCAAUUGGCUCAGGAGUGGAUCCGUUGCUGGCAGCAAAUAGAUCUAUAACAGUGGAUGUUGCAGCGGAUGUAACUGAAAUUCUGGCUGCCCUCGUUACCGUUACCAACAGUGUCAAUGCGAGUGUGUCGAAAAUUUUUACAGCGACACAGGACGUGGUCACCGAUGACAAUACUGCCAGAGUUCAACUGUUCGGCAAAUUGUGUAAAGCUCUUCAGGAAGCGAAUGAUGUGAAUAGUAUCGCUUCUGCAAUGGACGUGUUUGUACAAAAUUUAGAUUCCACGACCAACAGUGCAAUCUCUGCCAAUAUGACAAAUUUGAAAUAUCAUAAGAAUACGCUAAACAGUGUCUUCAGGACCAUCUCGAAUGGAGUCAAAGCAGCCGAAGCAGCAGAGGCACCCGUUACUAAUGCCAACGUUGGAAACUUUAUAACACCAGCCAUGGUGACUUCACUUGCAGACGGCCUUAGCUCCAUAACUACCUGUGUGAACAAUAUUGCAGAUUUGUUCACAAAAGUCAUUGACAACCAGAUGAAUGCUGCUGCACAAGUAGCUAAAGUCAAUGCAUCGGCAAAUACCGCAGUUAGAUCACUGGCAACCACGUUCAAUACAUUCUCGUCCAAUACCGUUGAAUCUUGCAGGAUUGCUGUGCAAACCGAAAAAUCGGCCACCUCCAACAUCAUCGCAUCAUUUUCUCCCAUCCUUGAUAACUCCGAUUCCUUCAAUGGCGGUGACGUAUCCAAUCUUAACAGCUACAUUGAAACAUUGAAGCAAUUGAAUAAAACUUACGCUCAAACUGUAAUGAGCAACUAUGAAACCGUACAAGCCCGUGUCUUCGAGAUGUUGACCACCCAGACACAACUUGUGGCCGUUACCUUGUACAAUGCAACGAAGUCCAUUAUCUACGCAGACGCACCCUCAAUGAGCGAGCACGUGUCGACAUGUACUGCGAAAUACAUUGGCCAGCUGAUGGCCCCGCCGGUUCAGGUAAGUAGACUGUCCAGCUGUCUUUCGCCGGAAACGGACACGUUACUUAACUACGAUCCAAUGUUGGCGCCGCUAAUGCUGCAGCUGCAAACCGAUGCCAGUGCCAUCAGUUCCGUUAGAAUGCUAUCCUGUACCAGAUCCAAUGGACAGUGCAGUUCGGUGUACUUUUCCGCCUACGAUGGACUAGCCGUUCAAGUUGAAGCUCAGUUGAAAAAUUUGAAUACAGUGCUGGGAAAUGAGCUCAAGUUCCUACAGAGCAGAGUAGAAACGUGCGUCACCGCGAUUACGGCCGACAUAAACGACAAUAUUCAUACAAUUCAGACAAACUUCCUUAACUGCUUGACCACGGGACAGUGA